AUGCCUCGUCCCCGCAGAUCCAAUCGCGCCUCUGGCGCCAGGACAAAAUACACCCAUGAUCCUUUCGAAGCCGCCGGUCUUAGCGACGAAGGAGAGGGUCCCUCCACCUCCGAAACUCCGCAGCGCAAAAAGGGCAAGGGAAAGGCGAAACAAGCUGUCGCGGAUGAGGGUUCCUCGGACGAAGACUUUGCCAUGGACGAUGCCAACGGAGCUGAUGAUGACGACGACGAUGAUGAUGAUGAGUAUAAUGACAAUGACGUGGAAAUGGUCCUUGAGAAUGAAGAUGAAAAUGCAGAGGAAGACGACGAUGCGUCGGCCUCAGAAGUUGACGGGGGCAGUCGUCGUCAGCGGAAGAAGCCUGCUGCUGCCGCGACGCCAAAGCCCAGCAGCAGUGUUAAGAAACGUCGUCCGGAUGGGAGUCUUGCUGUGCCCGGGGAGGAGACGCAUUCGCGCGGAUCGUGGAACCCUCUUGAGCAUGUUGGAAAGGCGGUUCAUCUGCGCGUUACAUUCGGCACGGAUGAGAGGGAUAUACUUUCUAUUAUAAGUGCGCGGGAUCGUUGGUAUAAGGGGGUCGAUUCUACGUUUCCGACGCGCGAGACUUUGAACGAGUCGCAUGAUUUGCCGGAUUAUGGAUACGGGAAUUCAUUUGGCUUGGAGGCUGAGGACAUGAAACGGGAAAGCUCCCGUGCAUGGGACUGGUACUAUAGUAAGGAUGUGGGUGCACCGUUUAGGAAGAGGCAGCGCAUUCAGAAGCUUAAGGAGAAUGACGCUCGCUCGGUCUACUUUCCUCGUUCCCGAGGGCCACAUACCGUGCUCGCUGGCCCGGUUGAUAACCAGAAGGUCUUUUCCCUCGCGCAGAAUGAUGUGCUUGAUUUCGGCGAGGCUUGGGAUGAUGAAGCUUCUACAGCGCAGAAACAGGGGAAGCAAGCCAAGACAAAGCAGUUUGAGCGAAAGAAAAAGAAGCGAGAGGGUUGGCUCCUUAAUCUAGGGAACAAAGUCCAGUGUUUGGCCUGGGUGCCAAAUCAAACUGGCCUCACACAGUAUCUGUCCGUCGUGGCUCCAAUCCUACCAGACCAGAAAGAGCAGUAUCCAGAUCCGUACAAGGACCAGGCGGCUCCAGCAUUCAGACCCUCAGCGCCUUUUCCGUCUGCCCUGCAGCUUUGGGAGUUCAAGGCCGAAGAAGCCGCGUCAUUGACCAAGACAAUCGAUAUGACCUCCAAGCCGCGAUUACGCCUCGCGCUGUGUACCGACUGGGGAGAUCUGAGGCGAAUGGCCUGGUGCCCAAUGCCUCGAGACCCGCGGAAUGGAGACGACAAAGACGCGCAGGUGAACGUCGGCCUACUGGCAGGCAUAUGGGGAGAUGGCCGGGUGAGGGUCAUCGACGUCAAACUGAGUCGUGACCCGAACCAGACCGAAUACUACAAACUGCAAACCCCCGUCUUCGAGGCAAAACCACAUUCGACCGUAUGCACCUCUGUGACAUGGCUCUCUCCCAGCGACAUCGCCGUAGGCUGUGCCAACGGAUUCGUCGCCAUCUGGAGCAUCGUCUCAUCGCCAUCUUCCCCCUCCAAUCCCAUCCCCUACUUCUACCAGCAACUCCACUCGACGUGGAUCCUCAAUCUCGCCUCCGCCUACCCAACCCAUCCUUAUCUCAUCAGCACCACCUCCAUGGACGGCGAAAGCCGACUCACCUCCAUCAUCGACCCUCAAAAAGACAGCGUCAGCGCAAACCGCAUGCGCGUAGGCACUGCUCACCUCACCUACUCCCCGCUCCUGCACUCCUUCGUCUCGGGCGACGAAAACGACUUUCUGCGCCUCCUCGCCAUCCGCCGCUUCUUCACCUCCACCGCCGUGGCUCGCCUCCCGAGCAUGGUCUCCGCCCUCGGACCCUGCAGCUUCUGGCACCCAAGUCUCCUCGUCGGCUGCACCGGCGGCACCGUGCAAGCCACGAAUCCCCUCCGACGGAUGAUGCACGCCAAGGAGAAACAAUGGCAACAGACCUGGUUCCAGCAUGAGUGGGCGCGUGGCUCAGGCUCAGGCACAGGCACUAGUCGGUUUCACGACGGCUACCGCGCCGAACACACCAGCUUGCUGCGUAAUCUGGUCGGUGACCCGAGACUGAUUAAUGGCACGGCGGUGAUUACGAUCUUUGAUGAAGAAACCCACGUCACUGCGCUCUCGUGGAACCCGAAUCGGAUCUGCGCCGGGUGGGCUGCGGCGGGGAUGGGAUGUGGCCUGGUUCGGGUAGAGGAUUUGGCAUUGUCGUGA